UUUAAACUUGGCGUCGCCUUCGAAUUUGUUUAAUUAUUCGCUGAAAAUGGAUUUUGUCACGGCCAUUUCGACCGUGGGCAAUACGCAUGCGGUAGCCAAGGCAUUCGCCUAUGCUUUUCUGAAAGCCGUGAACUCUGAUCCUCAAAACUGGAUCAACAAGGUGUCCCACCAAUUUGUGGGCCAGUGCUUUCGGGUCCUCGGCCUGAAUUUCACCAUCAGCGUCCAGGCCUUCAGCCAAACGCAGGAUCAUCCGUAUCGGGAUGAUAAUCCCAACUACAUCUUCGAUCCGGUGCCACAUGUGAUGGAGGAACUGGAUAAGUUUCUGGGUAUUUUACCGUACAUGUUGGCCCAAGUUGGCGAGUAUUUCGUCUCAAAGGGAUACAUCGGGGAAGGGUUCGACGAGGCGACACAGCCGAUAUCCUGCUAUCUGCGCCUCGUGAUGAAGUGGAUCAAGGUGGUCAACGCCAUGUGCGCCAACAUGCAGCUAAGCGGCAGCACCGCCGUGGAUCGGUUCCUAUGCGAACCGCUGGCCAGAAUGUCAUUCAGCAUUCUGUGCGGACUGACCAAAUUGCUGCCCAAAUAUGAAGACUUUUCGGACCUCAAGGAGAUCUGCCUAUUGCUCGCUGAAGACGUUCGCUAUGGCAUAUUCUACCAGGAUACCUGCAGUGAGGUGGUUCCUCCCAUGUUAAAGAUUUUUCAAAAGCACUACAAAGUUUUCUGCGGCCCCAAAAAAACUGCCUUGGAUUUCGUCUACUGUAUCCUGACCGUUGUGAUGUCCGAGAGUGAUAGCUAUAUCGAUGCAUACGUCUUUUUGGAGGCUAUGAUAAAGCAGUUCGCCGAGAGUACGGAUCCAAAUUCAAGUCAUUAUCUGCGUUAUCUUACCAAUGAGCUGAUUGACGUGAAGUAUGUGGUGCUUCAAUUUGGAACCUUCAAGGAGAACAAUUCCAAACCCUUGCUGUUAGCCACCCUGAAGUAUUUGAUGACUCUUCAAAGCAAUCUAGCCAGCGUAGAAUGCUUUUCACAGCGUUUCCACGAAGUCCUGCUUCAACUAGUCCUGCGAAUGCAAGUGUCUUCAGUAGUGGUUGCCUCACUAUCAGCCGAGCUCUACAUUAAACUGUCUCAGCGCCAACACGAAGAUCGCGACAUAGCACAGCACAUCCUGGAAACCUACAUCAAGAACCCCGAUAAUCCCCGAAAAAAAGAGACCUAUUCGCAGUUUCGAGCUGAACUAACGCGCUAUCUAAAGACACUUAUUCAACAUUUUCCCGGGCUGAAGGAGUUCGAGUUUUACGCUUCUGUGCUCACUGCUCGAAAUGUUCGGAUCGAGCUGAGUCUCAUUGCUGCCCAAUCCGUAAGCAUUCUCUUUGAAACUCAUAUGGCGGAGUACUCCACGGUGCCGGAGGCUCGUGACCAGGUCAAUGAAUUCCUACGCUGUUGGCCCCAUUUCAUAAAAGCCCAAUCAAAUCAAAAUGGCACUCGACCUGUGCUCUACAGUAUUUAUAGUAUGAUCAAUUUUGAGAUCGUGGCGGAAAGAGAUGCUGAGUUGUUGCUGAACUUGGAGUCCUUCUUUCUUGAUAAUUAUCUAAACGACGAUACUCUCAGUGAGUCUGAGGUUUAUGGCCUCUACACAAAUAUCUCGCGCUCUGUUGAUGCAACAGGAAACAUUCAGAUACACUCGACUGCAGCGAGGGCUUUAAGAGAUGAGCAAUCUGAACUGCAGGGCCGUUUGAACACCACCACCAAAGAGGGUCCUGAAAUGCAGGAGCUACUGAACGAUUAUGCCAAAAGUAUUCGUCGACUACAUGGACUCCUAAUGGCCAACAAGCUACACGUUCGUUAUGUUGUGGACAUUUACGAGACUCUGGCCAAAUUUGUGCUGGAAAUGCCGACCCAAAAUGACAAUAUAACUCUUUAUGGCUCUGAAAGCCUGGCUGCCAUUCUAGUCCUGUUGCACGAUGAUCUUAGGGAUUUCGACGACGAGAUGGGCCUCAGGAUUUCCCUUUUGGUACAGCAGCUUCAAGACUUCUGCGUUUCUGAAAUGUUAAACGCCAAUGUGGGCUUAAAGCGAGCCAAGUUUAUGGUUUGUUCUAUUCUCAUAUUGCAUAUAAGCCAGCUGCCAUACUCGAACCUAGACUGUGCUGCUUAUGACAAAAUUUUGGAAAUCUUAACCUCACCACCCCAAGAAUUGGGGUCUGAAAGCGUUAAGCUUGCGGAUACCUAUGUUACCGGUAUGUACUACGUGUUCCGUGAACUAAUCAAGACGGAGCAGAUCGUAUUUCCCAGCAAUAAGAUAUGGAAGGUGUUGUUGCAAUACCAAAUGUGUGCAAACAAGAUGAAGUACUUAAACUCCGAGAUAGAGCAGGUUAUUGGAGUCCUUAUGGAGAGUCGUAUUGAAAGCUAUGUUCAUUGCAUUCCGGUAAUUCAGUUGCACCUGUACAACGAUGCCAAAGUAAAGAAGAAGGCUUCAGUGGCUCUAACUGCACACCUUAAGCUCAUCGAUAAGAACUCCUCCGCUUUGGACUCUUGGCUGAUGCGCUUAAUAAUAUUUCAAGACUCGCUCGAUCUUCUGGUCAAAAAUAUGCGCAUUAGGCGUUUGGAGGCGACCAGUACACGUCGACGAAACCGUCUUCUGCCGCUGCAGCAUAUCUUAAUUCUGGUGGACAAUUUGCGACUGCAGGAAGCACACUUUAUGAGCAUUGCCAAAUUGGUGUAUACUUUGAAGGAGGAGGCCGUUGGUCCCCAGGAGAAACCGGAAAUCGAAAGCUUCAUCACUCGCAUAAGUGCCUUUAAAUAUCAGGCCGAGGAUGAACAAUUGGAAAUUACAAAUAACGAGGAUUACGAGGGAAAACUCAAAGCAUUGCCGCCUGGCCCACUAAAUUUUUGGCAACACAAUGCUCUUAAUGUUUCAAGGGCCCCAUCUAAUUAACCUAUUAAUGAUAGAUUUUCUUAUUACAUAUAUUAUUCAAGGGGCACAUGAUUUUCAAAACGCCCGAAGAUCGA